AUGGGUUUAACUGCUGCUACCAUGGGUUGGGCUGCUGGUAUGGGGUAUGCGAGGGGUGGGUUUCCGGAUAAUUCAAUAGCUACACCAAGUGCUCUUAAUAUAGGUCUAGAUGAUGAGAAUAAGCCUAAGAUUGGCAUGCAGUUUAAUUCCGAGAAGGAUGCAUUUGAUUCUUAUAAUAGUUACGGAGCAAGAUUAGGUUUUAGUGUCAGGAAGGAAUUUGCAAAUAAGAGCAGAAAAGAUAAGACAAUAAUAACUUCGAGGAGAUUCGUAUGUAAUAAAGAAGGUGCUCGGAAGGAAGACACGCGUAAUAUUGGUAUAAAGAAUCCUCAAGCGGAGACGAGAUCCAAUUGUCCCGCUCGCAUGGGAAUAAAGAUUUUGGAAAAUGGUUCAUACCAAUGCUAUGAUUUUGUUGAAAAUCAUAAUCAUGAUCUCCAUAGACCAUCUACCACUCACGUGCUGCUGUCACAAUGGAAAGUUUCGGCAAUACAUGAGCAUGAAAUUAACUUGGUUGAUGAUUCUGGAAUUAGACCUAAGACCGCAUUUGAGUACAUGAGUAGACAGACAGGUGGGAGAGAGAACCUUGGUUAUAUACCAGUAGAUCAUUACAAUUAUUUCCGAAGUAAACGUUAA